AUGUCGACUACCACCACCCUACUCAACUCCUUGACACAAGAUCUCCUGACCCACAACACCUCGACUCCCUCUCCACCGCAACAGACAAUCAAGCUUGAGGACAUCCAGAAUUCCCCGAUGCCUCAAACUCCGCCUUCAUCAGGCACAAUGCCUGGUUCGCUGUCCAAACCUCCUACAUCCCACCCCAAGGAUCAGAAGACACAGCCUAAGAAAAGAAAAUCAUGGGGCCAAGCCCUCCCCGAACCCAAGACCAACCUCCCUCCUCGUAAGCGAGCAAAGACCGAAGACGAGAAGGAACAAAGACGCAUCGAACGUGUAAAGCGUAACCGUCUCGCCGCCCACAACUCCCGCGAGCGUAAGCGUCAAGAGGUCGAUGAACUCCGAGACGAGAGAGACCAUCUCGCCCGUGAGAAUUCUGCUCUGCGGGAAAUCAUUGCGAAAUACGCCCAAGUCGGUGUCAAGAUCGAACUCACCGAUUCUCAGCAAAAUGUCCUCGACUCCACUGAGACUGCCGAUUGGAUGACCAUGAAUCCCCGCAAAGCCUCGUACGACACCUCCGGCCCAGAAAGCUCGCCGUCCCUUGGCAGCAUUGAAUCCCCUACCGAUACCACCUCCCAGCCGGCAACCCCAGCGAUGAUGUCCAUUCCUGAGCCCGAUUUGACACAACAUUCUGCUGCAAUGUUGUGUGACCUGCAGUGUCAGUCGGAGCUCAGCAAUUGGCAUCUUCACUUGGCAAGCCUGGCUACGACAACUUUCUUACGAUGGACCCAAUCAUCCGCGACGAGCCUCUCUUCCAGGACAAUCUCUUCGACCUUUCCACGGAUGACGACAGCGCCUCUCACUUUAUGA